GACAAUCCGGCCGAGUUCAGUGCGAAACCACCAUCCUCUCGAAUCACUUUCUUCACGCCGGACGUGCUUUUCCGCGUGGACCUCGCGGUUCGAUCUGAGCAAAAGAGCUCGAUCCGGAAAACAUUUUUAUCUUUUCGAUAUUCCGCGUAAUAAUUAUUUGAGAGAAAGGAAAAAAAACAGAGGGAAAAUACAAUCGCGAUGGCAUAUAGCUGGGAUAACCGCGUUAAUUUUAUAGUGAAAUUUCUAUAUGAUUCAAAAGUUAUUGGUGCCUCGACAAUCUCGUAAAGAAAAACUCUACUCAAAAUUACUCAAAUACUCUACAAUUCAAAAAGAAGUGCACUUAAGUGAAGAACGUCCUGUAUAACUGCAGAUAUAGAUAACAAUGGAUAUUUGGACAAACACGAUUUCGAAUGCAUGGCAUUGAGAAUGACGCUGAUCGAAGGCAAGGGCGAAUUUAAUUACAAUCGGUAUCAAGAAAAUCUCCAUAUCAUGCUCUCCUUGUGGGAAGAGAUAGCUGAUCUGGCAGAUUUUGAUAAGGAUGGUGUUGUAACGAUAGAAGAAUUUAAAAAAGCCGUGCAGAAUAGCUGCGUUGGUCGUUCUUAUAAUGAUUUCCCGCAAGCCAUGAAGAUGUUCAUCGAUAGCCAUUUCAAGAUACUUGACAUGAAUGAGGAUGGCGUAAUUGGUGCCGAAGAAUUUCGAUAUGAUUGUGUUUCAAGGAUCGCAGUGGAUAACAUAGAUAUUCUCGAUAAAGCUUAUCAGAGUCUUCUGAACGAUGAUGACAGAAGACGCGGCGGAUUGACUUUAUCACGUUAUCAGGAAUUAUAUGCUCAAUUUCUCGGUAAUCCCGACGAUAACUGCCCGGCGAUCUAUCUCUUUGGACCGAUAGAGCAAGAAUCGUAACCUGUCGCGCCAUUUUUCGGAGAGAUAUAUAAAUACUCAGAUACUUAAUUAUAUGUACAAAAGACACACUUGCACAAAAUAUAUUUAAGGCCUAUGUUAAUUCUAGAAACUCUGUGAAAAAUUAUUGUAAUAAAUUAUUUUAUCAUAA